CUGUCGCAAACCACUUCAACCACGCGCCCGAACAUGCGACCAUUUGCCUCGACGCCCGCCCAUGCCAAUUCACCUCCAUAACCACACUAGCCAUCCGCCGAAGUCGCGCCUUGCUGCCCUCACCACUUCUUGCCGUGCUCCAUAGCUCCGCCGCUAUAUACAUAGUACCAACUGGCAAUUCUAAUAGAACGGGCCCAUGUCAUCCUACCCUCCUCCUCCCCAGGCCGAAGACACCCACUACGCGCCUAUAUACCCAGCAGCGCCGAGCUCCCAGCUGGAAAAUGGCCACCAACCGCAGAUGCACUACAGUUCACAGCUCAACCAGAACAUCUUCCCCAAGAUUGAAUCGUUGAGCGAUGUCCUACAACAACAAGCCAAUCAGGCAAACCAUGCCUUGACAGACCAGCGAAACAUACUCCAGAAUGUAGGAGACGCGCACAAUUCGAAGCCUAAUAGGUUGCGCAAGGCAUGCGAUUCAUGCAGCAUCCGGAAAGUGAAGUGUGAUGAAUCUGGACCGCCAUGUAAAGCUUGCGCAGCUCUAGAGAUCCCCUGCACAUUCGAUCGACCAAGCCGGAGGAGAGGUCCUCCUAAUCGUCACGCAGAAGCAAUAAAGAAGAGGCGCUUGGAGGGAGGAGGGUCGGAACACCUGUCAGGACCAUCGACGCCCUCGUCUCCGACAAAUGCCGCCCACGCGUUGGCUCAACUGUCAUCUCAUCCAACCCACCUGUCUGCCGAGUCCAUCUGCUCACUCCCCACGGUUCAUGCCUUGAUAGAUGACUUCUUCACUUACAUUCAUCCGCUCUGUCCGUUUCCACAUGAACCGUCGUUCCGAGAAGCAUGGGGACGGCGAGAGGACUACACGAACCCAGCGUUUCUAGCCUUGCUGGCUUCAAUGAUCGCAGUACUAGUGGCUUCUUUCCCACGGAAACCACGAUUACAUCUCAAGACCCAAACAAAGGACCACUUUCCUACCCAUCUGGCUCUUGUGGACAAGUGUCGAGAAGUAUGCGCCCAGGCGCGGGGACCUGGAUACCUGGAUCGACCUGGCUUGAAUGUUUACGACGCGUGCACCAGCUACUUCCUCGCAUUGACAGGAGCGUACACAUUCCAGUGGAGGCCGUGUCGGCUUUACUUUGGAGAGUGUUUCACUAUUCUUCGAUCGCUGGGGCUUCAUAAAGCCAAAGGACCAGGGCAAUCGGAGCUGGGUGCGCUUCCAGCGGUUCUCGGAGCGAAUGGACAGAGUCCUGAGGGGCCAAGAGACGAAUUGGUUGAUAAGAUCACGGAGCAGAUGGGCCGAAGAAUCUUUUGGACUAUGUUUGUAGGCGUACGGACUAUGCAGCAAUUUGGAGCUUCCUUUGGUGAGCUAACUAUUCUACCGCAAACCCCGAGUGAGGUGCUUCCUCCCUUGCCCGCAGAGGUAGAUGAUCAGUACAUCUUCCCAGCCUACAUAUCACCACAACCAGAAGGUAUACCUUCGCUAAUGACUGGAUUCAUCGCAAACGUGCGUAUUUAUAACUCGUAUUCCAUCCUUUCGACCAUGGAAAUGGCCUUUGGUAUGGGCGAGAUAUUUGAUUGGGAGCGGCAGAAACGAAUUAUCGACCACUCGUUGCAGACUUGCAAGCGAGCUCUGGAAGGAAUACCCGAAGUUCUACGAGUCUUACCAAAGGACACCAAAGACGGACGGUUCGGUCAACGAAAACAGCCUUAUUAUCCCCCAAUGCCGGAAUACAUGAGCGCUAGAGACCGGGCGCUCGUAGAAUUCGAUCACGAGGGCUCGGUUGAGGGAAGACGCUCAGUGCAGUUUGAGAUCGAGAAGGCGAACAUAUACGUCAGUCAUCUAAGCAGCCGCUCGUACCUUGUAGAGAAGUAUUUCAUUUACUUGGAGAACUCCCGCAAGCCAAGGAGCCAGUUCAAUUCGCCGGGCGCGCUGGCGUCGGGUUUUGAUAGUCUGCUUCCUGCUCCGACGGGGGAAUAUGACUCUCUAGAGCAAGAAAUGGCGGCAGAGCGCGAGAACGUUAUCAAGGAUUUGAUGCUGGUGCUUGGAAGCAUUGAUUUGGUCAAUAUGGAGCCUAACGCGGAUAGUUUCACCCAAAAAAUCCGCCAGAUUGCCUCGACACUUCUUGAUGUACCAAAAAAUCGAAAGGGCUCGAUUGCGCUCCAACACGAGGAGUAUCUGUACAAAUUCCUCGACAUUCUCAGUAAGCUAGAGCGGGUCAGUCCGCAGAGCGCGGACCCGAACCAGGCGGUGGACGAUGAGACAGAGCUCAGGCAUUGGGCGGACUUGAGAGAGUAUCAAUUAAAAUUCCAGGAGCAAGGGGGUAUUUAUGGGUUCUCGUAGCUUUAAAAGGAAGGGCUACGGUGUACGAUUUGAUCUUGGAGGAACGAGGCGAACGACCGGGAUGAGGUUGGGCAGGGCUGUUUUGGCGUUAGCUGGGGAUAUGUCUUGAUAUUGCACUAAGCUGGGAUGGGAUGGGAUGGGAUGGAAUGGGAUGGGAAGGAAACACAUGUAGGUUACAGCUUUAAGGCUUUGCGAGCAUUCUAGUUGCAGCACACUCGUAUGAUUGUUGGAAGCGAAUCAGAGGGAUGCUUUUGAAUCAAUAUAAGAUAGUGUUCAGACA